AUGGUGUUAGAGCUGGUCACAAAACCACAUUGGUCACUUGUUGGCUGGCUCAACUGCACUCAGCCGCCGGAUGCCCUCGAAUCACUUGUUGGAGGGCCAGCCGCGGAGGAGGAGGCCAUGGCAUGGAUCAUUGUCAAAAGAUACAAGCAGUCUACGGUGCAAGAUCUAGAGCGGGCCCAGUUGCCGACCGGAGGAUACGCUAGACGAGAGGAAGACGACGCCUCGAUGAGGAAGGUCGACGAGAUAGACAGGUAUGGGAUAACGAGCCAAAGAGUGAGACUCGCCGAGCGCGGCAGGAGUGUGUUGGUCAGAAUGGUACUGAUUGUCGAGUGCUGA